AUGCCCCCUGCCAUUCACCAAGUCCCCUUCGCAGACCCCCCGUGGCUUAGAGGCGCCCCGUCGCCGUACUUCAACGCGUCGCAUCGCAGAUUCCAGGCUGCUUGUCGCCAAUUCGUCGAUGAGAACCUCAACAAGAAUGCCCUGGACUGGGAAACAGCAGAGGAGGUACUAUCUAACUUAUUCGAGGUCUUUGCAAAGGGUAACUUUAUCCUGCCGUCUUUGCCAGCGCCUUUACCUGUACCUGUGGAGGAAUGGGACACUUUGCAUACGAUGAUAUAUGCAGAUGAGAUGAGCCGCUCCGGCCUUGCUGGACCACCUGGCUCCAUCACCACUGGCGUUGCUUUUGGUAUCCCCCCUCUGUUGCAUUAUGCAGAGCCUCAGCUACAAGAAAGAUUUCUCCCAGAUCUCUUAGUCGGGCGAAAGAGAAUCUGUAUUGCUAUUACGGAGCCAGAUGCUGGCUCUGACGUCGCCAACAUCACCACGACGGCUACUCUGAGUGGCAACGAAUAUAUCAUUAACGGGACCAAAAACAUGGCAGUCCGAACUGGUGGGGAAAACUCUAGAGGAAAAGGCAUUUCUUUAAUCUUAGUCCCGCUCAAGGACCAUCCUGGCGUGAUAAGGAGACGACUUAAAGUUACGGGGCAGAUUGUAGCUGGAACUUCCUUUAUCGAACUUGAUGAUAUAAGAGUCCCACGGGAAAACCUAAUCGGGCGUGAGAACGAGGGAAUGAAGUACAUCAUACACAACUUUAACCACGAGCGUAUGUUCAUCUCUGUUGGUGUCACCCGUCAGGCUCGAGUUGCCCUGAGCAGCGCCUUCGCAUAUUGUCUUCAGCGUAAGGCAUUCAAUAAGACUCUCAUGGAACAACCCGUGGUACGUCACCGACUGGCUAAAUGUGGUGCAAUCCUGGAAGCGCAAUGGUCCUGGGUAGAAUCAUUCGCAUACCAGCUCUCCAAGAUGCCCAAGGAAACAGCAGACCAAGAACUCGGUGGUCUGACCGCUCUGUGCAAAGCCAACGCUGGCAUUGUUCUUGACGAGUGUGCGAGAUGCGCUGUUCUAUUGUUCGGCGGCAACGGUUAUAUGCAUACGAGCAAGGGCGAGAUUGCCGAGAAGAUUUAUCGAGAAGUUCCUGGGGCCAGGAUUCCUGGUGGAAGCGAGGAUGUUCUGUUGGACUUGGCGAUUAGGCAACUAACUAAGCAGUUCCGUGCACAACUGGCCAAGGAGACAACCCAAGCCAAGAUUUAAACCUGCUCUCCAUAAUCGGGUUAUGAACCCCUUCUGUUUAUAGAUACUAAAGUAGAAGGAUCUCGCUCUUGCGUUGGAUAUUUUUAUUAAAGAAAAUGUUACACAACCUUGCAUAUUAAGUAUCCCAUUAAGAGAGAGGUAGAUACUACAAAUGAGGUCCAGAAUAUAAACAAAAG